UCCUUCCCUUCAGGAAGUACAAAAUGCCUAAAAAGAAGACUGGUGCUCGAAAGAAGGCAGAGAAUCGUCGUGAACGUGAAAAGCAGAUAAGGGCUUCAAGAGCAACCAUAGAUUUAGCCAAACAUCCUUGUAAUGCCUCAAUGGAAUGUGAUAAGUGCCAAAGACGACAGAAGAACAGAGCUUUCUGCUACUUCUGCAACUCAGUUCAGAAAUUACCCAUUUGCGCACAGUGUGGAAAAACCAAAUGCAUGAUGAAGUCUUCAGAUUGUGUCAUAAAACAUGCUGGCGUGUAUAGUACUGGACUAGCAAUGGUGGGUGCAAUUUGUGAUUUCUGUGAAGCUUGGGUGUGUCAUGGGAGGAAGUGUCUCAGCACACACGCGUGUAUCUGCCCCCUUACAGAUGCAGAGUGUAUUGAGUGCGAAAGAAGCGUCUGGGAUCAUGGAGGCAGAAUAUUUGCCUGUUCUUUUUGCCACAAUUUCCUCUGUGAAGAUGAUCAGUUUGAACAUCAAGCCAGCUGCCAAGUUUUGGAAGCAGAGACAUUUAAAUGUGUUUCCUGUAACAGGCUUGGGCAGCAUUCAUGCCUGCGUUGUAAGGCUUGUUUUUGUGAUGAUCAUGUGCGAAGUAAGGUUUUUAAGCAGGAAAAGGGAAAAGAGCCUCCCUGCCCGAAAUGUGGACAUGAAACUCAGCAGACAAAGGAUCUCAGCAUGUCAACGCGCUCCCUGAAGUUUGGCCGCCAGGCCGGCGGUGAAGAUGCAGAUGGAGCCUCUGGUUACGAUGCCUACUGGAAGAGCCUCUCCAGCAGCAAGGCUGGAGAUGCAGGGGACCGUGAGGAUGAAUACGAGGAGUAUGAAGCAGAGGACGAUGAGGAUGACAAUGAUGAAGGAGGGAAAGAUUCUGAUACAGAGACAACAGAUGUAUUCAGCAGUUUAAGUUUAGGAAGGACCUACGCUAGUGGGUAUGCACAUUAUGAGGAACCUGAAGAUUAAGCUUAAUCUUCUGGGGAGCUAAAACAUGUGGAAGGAGUUGAGUAUAUGCUUCAUUUUUGACUUGUGUAUGUGCCAGUAGAAUAGCUCUAUUGGGUACUUGCAUAUCAAGUUUGAGAAUCAAGAGUGUGGGAUUUAGGUAGUAAU